AUGAGAUGACAUCCUACUCUUUUAAGAUGUUAAGAGUGCUGGACUUAACUGUAGUUGACUACAAUGGAAGUAUACCUUCACAUAUUAUAGAAGUAGUUCUUCUCAGAUAUCUAGCUUUAUCCUCAAACUGGCUGCUCACCUCCAUACCAGUGAGCAGGAAUUGGAAUCUGCAAACACUUAUUAUUCGUGAAGAUAUCAAUGGCGUCUGUCAGCUACCUCGUGGAAUGUGGGAGUUGCCUCAAUUAAGGCACCUUGAGUUAUACCAUCAGCUAAUUCCAAUGUACACUCCAGAAGUGGCUCAAGUAAAUCUGCAAACAAUGUACUGGUUGCAAUGCGUUCAGUGCACUAAGCAGGUGCUUUUGAGGAUUCCAAAUGUUAAGGAGUUGGGAGUAAUCGCCCAAGGAUGCGAUUGCCACCGUUGUUUAAAUGAUCUAAACUGCUUAAAUAAGCUGGAGAAGCUAAAAGUUCAGGGCAGCUAUUGUCCCAUAAAACUACUGCAGCCUUAUACUUUUCCACAAAACCUCAAGGAGAUUACCUUUGCAAAAACUCUCUUGCCCUGGGAAGCUAUGAACGUUAUGAGUAUGCUGCCCAAGCUUGAGGUGCUAAAACUUAAGAAUCAUGCCUGUUUGGGACAAGACUGGAAACUAAGUGUAGAGAGGGGGUUCCCUGAAUUGAAGCUUUUGCUAAUUUCUGUAAUGGAUUUGAAGCAUUGGGAGCUGGGCGAUUAUGUUGAUGUUCAUCCUUUCCCAAAGCUUGAGCGCUUGGUAUUGAGAAAUUGCUUUGAGUUGAAAGAGAUGCCACGUUGGAUUGAAAACCUUAGUAAUCUGAAGUCAGUUCAGUUGGAGCAUUGCCAUGCUUCCCUUGUGACUUCUGCCAGGGUGAUUGAAGAAGAGCAGCGUGAGUGCUACAGAGAAGAAUAUGGAUUUCAGAUUCUUGAAUUCCACACUAUUCAAUCAGACGAAGAUCAACAUUCCACACUCACUCAGGUCUCUCUCCCUCUCUGUCACUCAUUUGCAGAAGACAAUGAUGAAGAUAUUACGAAUGUUUUCCUGGAAGCAAGAAGACUCGACAUCCUAAACGACCACAAUCCUGAGUGUUGGAGUUGGAGUCGUGUCUCCGGAUAUGAUGAGGUUGCAGUACUUCUGGACGUUUUCUGGCUCGAGAUCAAAGGAACGUUGGACACCAAGUUCCUGCACAAAAUGACUUCUUACUCUGCAUACCUUAUUUUCAAACUUAAACCCGAUGCCAAAAGGCUCGCUACAGCAUUCACAUCCGUGAGAUACAUCAGAGAUAAAAGAAGUUAUAGUGAGAAUCGACGUUCUCAAGUAUUUUUAACAAAAAAGAGGUUUUCUUCUAAUGACCCUGGUCAGUUUCGAAAAUGUCGCCAUGAUUGGUGGUUGGAGAUUAAACUCGGAGAUUUUUUCAUUAGUUCCACAAAUGAAGGUGAGGUCGAAAUACGACUUUGGAAUACAACCCCCUAUACCAAGUCUGGUCUCAUUGUUAAGGGCAUUGAAGUUCGACCUAGCUAUUUGAUAAAGAAGAAAAUUAAUGGGAUAACACCCACUUAAAUUGUAUUGGGAUUUUUUUCAAAUAGGUUUAGUUUAGUUUAAUAAUUACUCCGUAGUAGUUAGCAGAUUAAUUGGUAA